AUCCCCCUCAAACAUCACUUCCAUCGAAUAGGGAAAAUUGACUCACCACAUUGCCUAAUAUGCCCCAACAUCGACGAAACGAUACACCACUUUCUCUCCGGCUGCCCUCAAUACGUGUGUGAAUACUACUUCCUCGAGAACGCAUUGAUACGCGAUCCGCAUCUAUAA